AUGGCCUCGAUCCAUGCAGCUUCACCUGCAAUCCCCUUUGAGCGCCUUUUGGCUCGCCUCAAGUCGUUCCCGGCACCCGUGUUCAACCCAGGCAAAGCGUACGAUGCCUCACUAAGUGAUAGUAUCGCCUCGCAAUACCUGCACCCUGCGCUCGAAGCUCUUAUGCAUCUACUCAACCAGGACCUAGCAUCAGCACAUUUCCUGGUCCGACACAUGCAGGCGCCGCCCGCCUAUGAAAGCAUGUAUGUACAUGGCAUUUUGCAUCGUAUCGAGGGCGAUUACGAUAAUGCACGUGCAUGGUACUCCAACGUGAGCGACUGGGAAGGCUUCACUAAGUUCUGGGGACCCCCGACAGAUAGGCCAGGCGAGGAAGCCGGGCAGAAAGUGCCCCGUCAGCAACGGGCCAGAGACUUUCUGGAUCGCAUUGAGAAGUGCGCUGGCAGCGGUGGUCAUCAGGGAGAGGAAUUGGAAUCUUUGCAGUCCGAGAGCCGUGCAGAACUCGAAAGUCUGCUCGAUUGGUGUCUGGAGCGGCUGGGAACUGCAAUGCACAAGGACGCAACAAAAGACUGGGUGAAGCCUACCGAGGAACUCAAGCGCAUGGGAGAAGAUCAAGUCAGUGGAUCAGCAGGGCCUCGAAAUUUCUAAGUCCACACAGUACAUGUACUUUUUCGCGUGAUGGCGAUUCACCAUGUCAUUCUGCUCUGGUUAUGCGGAUGUUGGAGGCCGGUGCUAUGCCAGCCUGCCAGGUGAGUAUGAGUAUGUGGCCUGGAAGUGCGAAACACAGUCCACUGGGGGAAAAUCACGACCGCCUGGAAGGGAACGCCAAUAAUAGGAGGUAGGCCUGUGAUCACGUUAGCUGCACCAACUCCUCGUCUUCACCACUACAAGUACAAGCGCCUACAAUUACCUGUAUGGGACUCGAAAGUGAAGUCAGCCUGCUGGACGAUGAUUGGCAGGGGCAGGGCAAGGAGCGGAUCGAAGGAUCAUGAGCAGUGAGCAGUGAUCUAGCCGCCUGCGUCAUGGUCAGCAGUGAGUAAGAGGUACAUGUACUGUGUUCUAGAAC